AUGUGCUCUCUGGAGGACGACUCCGGGCGUCUCACCGUUCGAUCUCUUCCCACUCGAGCCGUACUGCAUAAUGGUGGGCGGGGAAGCCUCGCCGGCAAAGCCAGUGACCAUCCGGGGCUGUCCCUGACCGAGUCUUCUGAAACGUCUCCUGGUCGCGAUCAAAGGGCCCCGACGGCCCCGGCCUUCAUCCGGCGACCACAGGCCCGCAAGACCGGGCCACCCCGCGCGCCGCCCGAAAUCCUCACGCUGUUCCCCCUCCUCUCUCCUCCCGUCCAUUGUUUACUCAGCCUCUAA